GGGUAGAAGUACAUAACAUGUAUUUUGAUGUCAGUUGCCCGCGCGAUUCCAUCGCGGCCGGUCGUAUCACCGUGUUCCCUAAAAUUUUCAAAUAUUUGUUUACAACAAUCUUGUGCGUGAUUGUGAUUAUUUGAAUAGUGAUUACAUGUUUUAAUUACACACCUUUUUACUCUACAACCUGUACCCACCAAAAGCACAAUGGUAGCCAGAAACUUGUUCACCGUAAAUAGAACUUUAACAACAGUGAAACAGAGUUCAAAAUAUGCAAGUGUUGUGAUAAGGAAACAUAGUGUAUGGACUCAGGAUAGAGUGAUCAAGUCUCCUUUCAAAGAUGUUCAUAUACCGAAUUGUACGCUAUAUGAGUAUAUCUGGCAGAACCUGGAUAAAUGGCCGGAGAGGACCGUGUCUGUCUGUGCAGUGACCGGUAGAGGGUACACCUACGAGCAAGCGUUCAAGUUAUCAAACAGAUUUGCUGCAAACCUUAGGACGAAGUUCAAGAUCCAGGAUGGAGACGCCGUGGCAGUGAUGUUACCCAAUAUUCCAGACUAUCCUCUGGUGUCUCUGGGUAUAUUGGAGGCAGGCGGAGUAAUUACCAGCAUCAAUCCUAUUUAUACUGCUCACGAAGUCCAACGCCAGCUGAAAUUGUCCGCAGCAAAGAUGGUAGUAACGUUACCAGAGAUCGUACCAACUAUAAAGGAGGCUUUGAAACUUGCCCAAUUAGACAUUCCAAUAGUUGUAGUCAGAACCAAUGAUAGUCCAGUUCCAGAAGGCACUGCAUUAUUCAACGACUUGAGUGAAGAUAUUCAUGCUAAUAAAUCCAUAUUGAAAAAAGUAAGAAGGACUGCUAACGACGUUUGUUUCCUACCAUACUCUAGUGGGACUACGGGACUGCCAAAAGGCGUGGAGCUCACCCAUAGAAACAUUAUAGCAAACUGCGAACAGAUCAAUGAGCCAAUUAUUGCUAUGCACAAAGAAACAACAGCCACUCAUCAAGAUGUUGUGAUGGGUGCGUUGCCAUUCUUCCACAUCUACGCAGCGACUGUCCUCAUGUUCCACAAGAUGUCCGUCGGAGCCAAACUGGUUGCUUUAGCUAAAUUCCAACCUGAAGCAUUCCUGAGCAGCAUUGAGAAGCAAAAGACUAACGUAUUGAUGGUGGCACCGCCUUUGAUUCUCCUGAUGGCAUCUCAUCCAGCGGCUACUGCAAAGACCCUGGAGCCCAUAGAGACUAUAUGUAACGGAGCAGCUCCUUUAGCUGGUAGUGACGUGGAAAGAUUGUUGAGACGGAUGCAGCGAGAUGUAGACUUCAGACAAGGUUACGGGCUGACUGAGACGUCCCCAACAUUGACAGUUACUCCUAAAGGGCUGAACCGCUAUGAAGCAACUGGACCACCCGUGGCGAAUACAGAGAUGAGGAUCGUGGACUCGGAUUUCAAGAACUUGGGUCCUAAUGAGACUGGUGAGAUCCUUGUCCGAGGUCCUCAAGUGAUGCGUGGCUACAAAGACAACCCUGAAGCCAAUAAGGAAACGCUCAUAGAAGGCGGCUGGUUCAGGACUGGUGACUUAGGCAUCGCUGAUGAAGAUGGUGUUCUCGUUAUUGCUGAUAGACUCAAAGAGCUAAUUAAGGUCAAAGGAUUCCAAGUGGCUCCAGCAGAACUAGAAUCCGUUUUACGAGAACAUCCUUCGGUCAACGACGCAGCUGUCAUUGGAGUUCCUCAUCAAACCAAAGGAGAAUCACCAAAAGCCUUCGUAGUACUUAAGAAUGGUCACAAAUGUACUUCUCAGCAACUCAGCGAGUUUGUUAACGAGAAAGUGGCAGCAUAUAAACAUGUAGAUGAUAUUACAUUUGUAGAGAAUGUCCCAAAAAGUGCAGCUGGAAAGAUUUUGAGAAGAGUUUUAAGGGAACAGUACUGUUAGCAUAGGAACAAUAAAGCAGGGCAUUUCAAGGCAUUUGUGCGAAAGAAAAUGAGUCUACGAUAUCAUAAUCAAAAUCAAUCCUAAUUAUUAUUUUUCCACAGAAUAUUUUAAUUUGACUUGAAACUCCUGCAGGGUAUAAUUAGUUGUAUAAAGAGUCAAUUUGUAUGUUGUAAAUAGUUUUAAGGACGAAUUUUUAUUUCUGUUUAAAUGAUAAACAUAUAUUACUAUUUUUGAUGAAUUUUGGUGCAAUAAUUGCUAUAGUGAACCGUAUUUCGAUACAUUGUGAUGGCAUUUCUUUAGUUACCCAGUUUUCUUUGACCAAAUUAGUGUAUGGUUCUUAAAGUUUUGCUCUUUCAACUUAAUGCAUGAUUUCAGCUUCACGUAUUUCAAUAUCAUUAUCAGGGUUUUAGGGAAGAGCAAAAUUAAUUAUACCUUUUAUACUUUUUUCUGCGAUCCAGACUCGAAUCACUUUGAAGCAUCAUCUAGGGAACCUAUUGUUUUCACAAUGCUAUAAUUGUGUUACUAACUAGUAAAAAGUAUGCUAGCAAAUCAUCAGUUACAACGAUAUGUUACUACUUUGAUUAGAACAUCUACUGCCUAUAAAUGGCCACUGUUGACCAAAGGCUUCUUCUCAGACUUCAAAGUAAUUUUCAUAUAACCUCUAUCGUUUUUUUUAUAAGAAAACGAUGUGAUUGGUGGUGGAUCACAGGAAAUUUUGUAUUAGUCAAACUUAAGGUGAUUUUGGUCAAAUGAAUUAUAAUAUUUAUAACUAUGGACAUACGGUUUACUAUUGCAAUUUUAUAUUUAUUAAUAUUGUCAUUAUGAGCUUAAAUACGUAAGAUAUACGAUAAAUGAGGGUGAUGAAGAAUUUUUGAAAAAUCAAAAAGCAUUUGUAAAUUAAAAUGAACCUUAGUAUGCAAUGUAUACGUAAUAUUUUGACUAAAGAUUUACAAAAAGCUUUAAUAUCUGAAUAGUAAAAAUCAGUAAAUAAUUUAAAUCAUGGGAACGUAAAUAAGUGAUAAGAAAACCUUUUUGUAACUUUUUUAAAUAUUAUAAUGUUUUGAGCUGAAAUAUUGUUAUUGAUUAUUGAUAAAAGAAUAAAAUCCAUAUCUUUUUUAAUAUUUA